CCAGCCUGGCCACUGGAAGCAGAAGCUGAGGAUCGGCUGGGUCCAAACAGAUCAGGCCAUCCAACAAAGGAAACUGCAGUCAGAUACUCAAGGGCUUCGGGAAUAAGUCAGCGCAGUCUACGCACCUGCAAAGUCCCUCUGCUGUCACUGCCUGGAAAAUCUCUGGUCUGUUCCGACUCAUGGAAGAUCCAGUAGUCACCUUUAUUUGGCUGGUACCAACCAAGGCCCCUAAAACCAGAACUUCCUUCUAGACAAGACCCAAGCCAGCGGUUGCACCAAGAAGUCUCCACCGCUAAUCAGCAUGUGGUGCCCUAUCCACACGGUCGCCCUAUUCCUGUUGUUUGGACAGGUACCUGGUGGAGAAACCUUUCUCCAUGCUGUUUACAACCGCAGCUGCACCAGUCAAGAUUUUAUGGCUCUCCCUGCACCCUCUGGACCUCCACUCCCAAGAAGAGGGAUGAUAGGUUAUCUGAUCGUGGCAAUCCCUGCAAAUGCAUGUCAUCCUAUAGAAAGCCCAGCAACAUCCAGCAAUUCUUCCAGGAACGACGUCCUACUUAUCCGCAGGCCCAGCUGCACUUUUCGGGCCAAGGUUUUCCACGCUCAACAAGCUGGGUAUCGAGCUGCCAUCGUGUACAAUGUGAACUCACGAGCCCUUGCGGAUAUGGUGACUGACACUGAAGAGAUCAGGCAGCAGAUUGAGACACCAUCUGUCUUCACUGGAGGAACAACCUCCAAGCUCCUGACCAAGAUCUGCCACGCCGGCAAGGAAGCUCAUAUCAUCUUGGUCCCUGAAUAUCAUCACUUCACCUGGAUGGAUGCUCCCGGGAACGCCUGCCCACGUGCUUGCAGGUGUCAGAUACGGUUUCUGGGACACUGCUCCCAUAGCCAAAUACGGCCUCUCUGCAGGGCAGUUACCAUCCUGCUCACCAUAAUGACAGGCAUCUUGAUCAUUGUGAAAUACGUGAGGAGGUACCAGUAUUGGAGGACAAGGAGAAAGCAGCUAAAUGAGGAAGAGCGGAAGGACUUGUCCACUAACAGGUUUAACAGAGGAGUCAAAUACACAGAGUGUGCCAUCUGCCUGGAGCCAUACAAGAAAGGAGACCUACUGAAGAUCCUGUCCUGUUCCCAUGGCUAUCACAGCAAAUGCAUAGACCUGUGGCACUUCAUCCAAUCCAGGAAUAAGACAUGCCCAUUCUGUAUGCAAAGGGUGAUUUUGACAGCUGAGACCCCUGGCUUGGACACAGAGGGACACAGAGAGGAGGAGGAGAACCACAAUAAUGAGGAAGAGGGAUACAACAGAGAGUAACUGAUCUGCUCCUGGGAAGGUCAAACUCAUGUCCGACUAAUAUCACCAAAAUGAGGUGACCCUACCUUCUUGGCUUCCUUUAUUUCCCCACCCCGCCCCAGCACCUUCUCAACUCCAGCUCCAGUCAAAAUUUACUGGCAAGCCUUUAGCUCAGCAUGGGUUCAGAAACACACCCAGAAAUGGAGGAACAGGGAAGGAAGACUGAGACCAACUGAACACCAAACGCGCAUCCUUUGUUCUGCCUCUCUUGGACAGUAGAGCAAAUCCAGGUCUCCUGCAGGCAAGCAACGUCCAGACAAGAUCAACAAAAGUUAAACCCAACCCAGCCCAAUCUGGCUAUCAGAAUAUCAUAAGCAGCACUGGCAUGAGAUAUCAGUUGUCAAGCUCGAAGGCAAACCGUCUUGAAGUUAUCACCAGCUCCUCUGCUUCUCAAAGUACUUCCCUUUCCAGACUGAUUUUGCUGGGAAACUUUUAGCAUGAAUUUUAAUUGGGUAGAAUGAGCAUUCAGCUAUCAGCCUGUGAAAUGUAAAGUUUUGCUACAUUGGGGGAAAUUAAAAUAAGUCAGAGACCAGCUCAUUUUUUUGAGCAACUUUUACAAAUUG